ACAAAAAUAACCUUUCUAAAAUUUCAAGUCAUUUCUGUUGCCAUUCUCGCCUCAGCGGCACAAGUGUAGCCGUCGCCGUCGUCGUUCGCCUCCGUCGUUUGUGUCUUCCCUUCCGUUUCCGUCACCGUCAGGUUUCCACACAUUGACUUGGUUAUGAUCGUUUAACAAUUAUUUGAGUCUCAAAAUGGUGAUUCUUUCUGUGUUGCCAGCAAACUAUUCAGGUUUCCUUCAUCUAGGCACUCCUCUUCAGCCAUCAAAAUUUCCAGCGAGAGUUGAAUAUCACAAGAAUGUUUCUCUAACACCACAGAAGAUUUUUGCAAUGAAGAUAAAACAAAAGUAUGCAAACCAUGUUUGUGCCAAAUUUGUGACCUCUGCUGCAAGAAAUGAUCAUCACCAUCUAAGAUAUGAUGAUGAUGAUUUGUCUCAGGAGCCCUUUUUGCUAACACUGAUCAAAGAUGCCAUAUGGGGCCUAAUAUCUUUAUUUAAAUUUUUAUUUGAGCAACCUAGCCAGCUGAAGUACAUAGAGUGGCCUAGCUUUAGUAGUACGCUGAGGACUGCGAUUAUGACUCUUGUACUUGUUGGAUUACUUAUUGUUGCGUUAUCAUCUGUUGAUUCGGCUCUCUACUAUCUCCUGGCCUUAGCACUUCGGAAAUGCCCAUAACUGUGUGGUACUAU